GGUAGAUAGAUCUUAUUUGGACGCACCGUUGCUUGAAUUUAGUUAACACCAUUAUCUGAAAGGGCUCUGAAUAUUAGGUCUUAUUGACAUUAUUUAUCUAAUUACCUGAUGCGGGGGAAAGAGGAUUGAUUUUUGUUUUAAAUGGUAGUCUCCCGUGAUGGAAGAAAGUGAAACUCCCAAAAGGUAAAGAUAGCCGGUGAAAAUGACCGAGAAUCCACCCAGUUCCGAAGCUCAGAUGCCGCUCAGAUGUCUUCAUACCCUACAUUUCCUGUUACCUCCCAGAACUCUGGCACUUCGGGGACCCACAGCAAUCUGCUACGAGAGCCCUGUGGGAUUAAACUGUUCUACCAAACAGGCACUGAGGUAGGAGGUGUCCGACCCCCCCCCCCCGAAAUUGCCAGGAGAGACCCGAGCCCUCGGCCUGAGAUGGGAUAAGGCCACUCCAUGGCCUCCAAGAAAGUAGGAACCAAACAAGGCAUCGCGGCAUCAGCCUUGCAGCUCCACUUCCAGGCUGCCCGGGAGCAAGGCCUGAAAAUGGAGGAGAAGGCCCCAGCCUGCACUGGACCAGCGGAGGGCGUGAGAAAAGGUCCUCGUGUCAGCCAGGCCAGCGGGACCAAGGACUUUCUGCUGCGGAUGACACCGCAGCAAAUUAAACAGGAACCAGACGAGGGGCUGGCCCAGCGGUGGGAGACCCAGUGGCAGGAGUUUCUGAAGGUUGUGCAGUCCCCUCACGCCGGGUGGGGGCACCCGCAGCUGCCGGAACUCAUGGCUUUUAAUGACCCCAAGGGUUUCCAGGCCUGUGGGGCUGCCCAGCAAGCGUUCAGCAGGGGGAGUGGUUGGAAAGUGAAAGAAGAGGUCCUGGGAGAGGACGCGCUCAGUGCGGAGACGCAGCGCCAGCGCUUCAGGCACUUCUGCUAUCAGGAGGCCGAGGGACCCCGAGAGGUCUGUGGCCAGCUCCGGGAGCUCUGCCAUCAGUGGCUGAAGCCAGAGAGACAUACCAAAGAGCAGAUCCUUGAAACGCUGAUCUUGGAACAGUUCUUAAGCAUCCUGCCCCCAGGGAUCCAGGGCUGUGUCCGGGAACGUGGCCCGGAGACUUGCGCUCAGGCAGUGGCCCUGGCGGAGGGUUUUCUCCUGAGGCAACAGGAGGCUGAGAGACCACGACAGCUGGUGCUAGAUUCCUUUGAAGAAGUGACGGUGAAUUUUCCAAGGGUGCAACAGGUCUGCCUGGGUGCUUCUCGGAAGCAAGGAGGUGGUAGACUGUCAAAUGAACAUGAGAGGCAGCAGGAGUACCCCGAGCGAGAGGCUCCAUCCGAGACCUCGCUACAAAAGCCCCGUGAGAAUCUCUUCCAGCGUCCUGAUCUGGGCAAAGCCUCCGAGAACCAGCAAAGGCCCGAGAGGCAUCAGGGAAUCCACCUAGCCAAGAGAGGACCGGAGUCUGUCGCUUGCCGGGUGGGCUACAAAGACCUCAGCGAGAUCAUCUUCCAAGAGAGGAUGCAGGAGAACCAGCGGCAGAAGAGGUGCGUCGUCCUCCGCCGGAGAAUCCACACCGAGGAGAGGUUGUACAAGUGCCAGGACUGCCGCAAAAGCUUCGACCACCGCUCCCACUUCAUCCGCCACAAGAAGAUCCACACGGGGGAGAAGCCCUUCCAGUGCACGGACUGCGGGAAGAGUUUCAACCGCAACUCCAACCUCACCACGCACAUGAGGACACACACGGGCGAGAAGCCCUACAAGUGCUCGGACUGUGGGAAGAGCUUCCGCUGGAGCUCGGAUUUCAUCGUCCACGAGAGGACCCACACCGGAGAAAAGCCGUACAGUUGCUCGGACUGCGGGAAGGCCUUCCGGCGCAGCUCCAACCUGACCGCCCACGAACGAACCCACCGCGGAGAGAAGCCCUAUAAGUGCUUGGAUUGCGGGAAGAGCUUCACCCGGGGCUUGUAUUUGAUUGCGCACAAGAAAACUCACACCGGAGAGUGAGCGUCAUGGGGCUUGCCUUCUGGCGGAGUGGGGGGAUAUUUCAUGGCACUUACAAGCGGUUUGUUUUGUUUUCAGGGGUCUGUUGUGCAUCUGACACCCCCGGGCCAAGCUGGACCCACAAUGGUGUCCUGUCUAUCUUAGAAGCAACAGCGGGAAAGGGCUGUUCCGUACCUGCCCCACUCGUGGUCUUCUCGGAGGCCUCGGAUUGGCCACUUCAUGAAGCAGGAUACUGGUUUAGAUCAGGCGUGGCCCAUGAACCCACCUCUGGGGGGGUGGGGCGUCUUCUUUCUGUGUAAACGGAGCCAGUGCUC